CCUCUGGACUCGGAGCCAAUUAGGGCGGGGCUGUCCCAGGCGCUCGCAGGGGAUGCCGGGAUAAAACCUAAGGCUGCUGCCCUGAACACUUCUGGGAAGAGUCAAAGGGAGGGAAAACGAGAGUUAAAGUGUAGUUAGACUGAGAGUAUGACCGACGCCGAGGCGCAGAGCGCGGCUCCCGCGGCUCCCGCGGCUCCGGGGGAGGACGUGUCUCCUCCAGAGAGGAGAGUCCUGGCCACACUGGUCCAAGGCACCGUCAAAUGGUUCAAUGUGCGAAAUGGCUAUGGAUUUAUAAACAGGAAUGACACCAAAGAGGACGUGUUUGUGCAUCAGACCGCCAUCAAGAAGAACAACCCCAGGAAGUUCCUCCGCAGUGUGGGAGACGGGGAGGUGGUGGAGUUUGACGUUAUCGAAGCGGCAAAGGGCUCUGAGGCGGCCAACGUGACGGGUCCUGGCGGCGUCCCCGUCAAAGGCAGUCGCUAUGCACCAAACAAAAGGCGCUUCCGGCGGCGGUUCUUCCCCCGUAGCCCUCGUCCUGGGGAUCAGCCCAAAUCCGCCGAAGGGACCGAGGGCGAGGGCACGGCGGACGAGGCCACACGACCUCCUCCUCGCCGCAGAAGACCUCGCAGACCAAGGCCACAGGAUGGCGAAGCUGUGGAGCAGAACGGAGUAGCAGACGGUGACGAGCAAACGGACCGACCCAGACGAAGGUUCUGGCGCCCGUAUCGAAGGCCGUUCAGACCACGCCAGCCUGCGGACGCCUCCUCCACAGAGCAGCCUGCGCCUCAGGAGGGGAAGGACUCUGAGCAGGACCCCAAAGAGCAGCCGGAGAACAAACAGGUCGAGGUGCCACAGACCAACGGCGACACCGCAGACGGCUCGGGACAGAAGCCACGCCGCCAGAACAGACGCCGCAGACAGAGGAACUCAGAAUCCUCCACCUCCAAAAACGAUACAGAAAAAUCUGCCUCUGAACCUGAAACGCCGCCGCAGACCUCGAAACCGUCAGACCUAAAGGCUGCGUCCCCAAAGAUCUCUCCCAAAACCACAAAGUCGCCAACGACGACAUCCACAGAGUGACACCUGUGGAGCCGCCAGCCCGGGCGUCAGGACAGUCUGAGGUCCUCGGGUUGGAGACUGAACAAUUUCUGCAAACCUGCCACUCCUCUCCCCUCCCUGCUCUCCCCCAUCCUCCAUUUCCUCCACUUCCUCGCCUCUUGACCAUCCUUCUCCCCUCUCCGCGUCCCGUCCCGACAUUAGCCUAGCGUCUGACGGCUCCAGGUGGAAGGGGAGCAGGUGGCAGCGUUGGGGCGUAAUUUAGGGCAAAACUAAUUAAAGAAAAAUGGGAUAAGAACCAUCCUGCUUGGUGGUCCAGUUGCUGAAACCACUUUGAAACUUUUUCUUUUGACAAGGCAAAACAUUGUUGGAGAACUCGGCCUUGAUUUUCAUUUAGUUGAAGUGGGGACGAGCCGAGCAGGUGUGAGGACGGUGUGUGUGGAGCCGCCUCCGAGAACGUCCCAUUCCUCCAGUUUGAGGAUUAAACGUUUGUUAAGUUUGUCUUUUGUGCUUUUUCUUUGGAGUGGAUUGUGUGCAAUGCUUCUAGUUAUAAUAAAUCAUGUUUGGCACACUUGCA